UAGAGAAUUGCUAUCCCAUCUGAUAGAGAGAGAAACAAAGAAAGAAAGAAACAGAAAAGCUCAAGAGAAGCCAUGGGAGUAGCAGCGCACUUCAACCAUUUCUGGUUCCUCGUCUUCAUCCUCUUCUUCUCCAUCUCCAUCUCCUCCAUUUCUGGAUCCGAUGAAGAUUGUGUAUACACUGUUUACAUCCGAACGGGAUCUAUCAUAAAGGGUGGAACCGAUUCGAUCAUCAGUUUGACUCUUUACGAUGCAGAUGGAUACGGUAUUAAAAUCAAGAACCUUGAGUCCUGGGGUGGACUUAUGGGCCAAAAUUACGACUAUUUCGAAAGAGGAAACUUGGAUAUCUUUAGUGGUCGUGGCCCAUGUUUGACCGGGCCGGUCUGUAAGAUGAACUUGACUUCUGAUGGAACAGGCAAAGGACAUGGAUGGUAUUGUAACUACGUUGAGGCUACUGUUACUGGAGUCCAUAAGCAAUGCAUCCAAAAGUACUUCGAAGUGGAACAGUGGCUCGCAACUGAUGCGCCGCCUUAUCAGCUUACUGCAGUCAGGAACCUGUGUAGGAAGACCAAGUCCGAUGUGCGUCGGCCCGUUACCGGAACUGAAUCCACUCCACAAGUUUCUGUGAUUUAAAUCUACAGUUAUUGGUCUUUAAUGGGCCAGGGUCCACAAUUCCCUGUUUUACCCUUGUGAGUGUGAGACUUUCAAGGACAAGAAUGAUAUUUGAUGAGUGUCACUGUUGCUUUGAUGUUGUGGUAUGGAGUAGUGUAUGGUGGAGUAAUAAAGGACACUUGUUAAUUUUGUGAGUAUCAUUAGGAUCAUUAUUAUAUCCUCUCAUGAAUGCUGUAUUUUCCAAAUAAUAACGACUUUUUGCAUCGUUAUUACACUCAUGAAUGCAUUUUCCUGUUUUAUCCUUGC